GCCCGCCCCUCCACGCCUCUAAGGGAGGUCGGCGCCGGGCGAGCUCCUCCCCGAGCAGCAGCUAGAGCGGCCACUCCCUGCGCGCCAAGCCGGGCUGGGUUGGGGUCUCUGCUCCUGCGCCCUACACCCGGCGGGCUCCUCGCAGCCAGGCGGCGGCCGGGGCGCUGAUCCUCGUCGCACCCGCCACCCCCCGAGUCGUCGCCCCGGUGACUCCCCUGGGCUGCGCCGCCCCGCGCCUCCGGGACCAUGCUGCGUUGGCUGCGGGGCUUCGUGCUGCCCGCGGCGGCCUGCCAGGACGCGGCGCCGCCGACGCGCUUCGAGACCCUCUUCCAGAAGCUGGAUCGCAACGGGGACGGCGUGGUGGACAUCGGCGAGCUGCAGGAGGGGCUCAAGGGCCUGGGCGUCGCCCUGGGCCAGGAUGGCGAGGAGAAAAUCUUAACUACUGGUGAUACCAACAAAGAUGGGAAGCUGGAUUUUGAAGAAUUUAUGCAGUACCUUAAAGACCAUGAGAAAAAAAUGAAGUUGGCAUUUAAGAGUUUGGACAAAAAUAAUGAUGGAGUAAUUGAGGCUUCUGAAAUUGUCCAGUCUCUUCAGACAUUAGGUCUAACUAUUUCUGAACAACAAGCAGAGUUGAUUCUUCAAAGUAUUGAUACUGAUGGGACAAUGACAAUAGACUGGAAUGAAUGGAGGGACUAUUUCUUAUUUAAUCCUGUUACAGACAUUGAGGAAAUUAUCCGUUUCUGGAAACAUUCUACUGGUAUUGACAUAGGAGACAGUUUAACUAUUCCGGAUGAGUUCACUGAAGAAGAAAAGAAGUCUGGACAGUGGUGGAGGCAGCUUUUGGCAGGAGGUAUUGCUGGUGCCGUCUCUCGAACAAGCACUGCCCCUUUGGAUCGUCUGAAAGUCAUGAUGCAGGUCCACGGUUCAAAAUCAGGCAAAAUGAACAUAUAUGACGGCUUUCGACAGAUGGUGAAGGAAGGAGGUAUCCGCUCCCUUUGGAGAGGAAAUGGUACAAAUGUCCUUAAAAUUGCUCCUGAGACAGCUGUUAAGUUCUGGUCAUAUGAGCAGUACAAGAAGUUGCUUACUGUGGAAGGACAAAAAAUAGGAAUCUUUGACAGAUUUAUUUCUGGUUCCUUGGCUGGGGCAACUGCACAGACUAUUAUUUAUCCUAUGGAGGUUAUAAAAACCAGGCUGGCUGUAGGCAAAACUGGACAAUAUUAUGGAAUAUUUGAUUGUGCUAAGAAGAUUUUGAAACAUGAAGGCGUGGGAGCUUUUUACAAAGGUUAUAUUCCCAAUUUAUUAGGCAUCGUACCUUAUGCAGGUAUAGAUCUUGCUGUGUAUGAGCUCUUGAAGUCCUACUGGCUGGAUAAUUAUGCCAAAGACUCUGUAAACCCUGGAGUCAUCGUGUUGCUGGGAUGUGGCAUCGUAUCUAGUACUUGCGGUCAGUUGGCCAGCUACCCCUUGGCUUUGGUGAAAACACGCAUGCAGGCCCAAGCCAUGAUAGAAGGAACCAAACAAAUGAACAUGGUUGGCCUCUUUCGACGAAUAAUUUCCAAAGAAGGAAUACCAGGACUUUACAGAGGCAUCACCCCAAACUUCAUGAAGGUGCUCCCUGCUGUGGGCAUCAGUUAUGUGGUUUAUGAAAAUAUGAAGCAAACUUUAAGAGUAACCCAGAAAUGACAUGUUGAAAUUUUUGCUUUAGGGUGAUUAUUGAAAUUUUCAUCAGUCCUCUGGAGUGACUUUUACCACCUAGAAUUACAGGUCUAUGGCAAAAGAAACCAUAUAUUUGUCACAAAAAGGAAGAGCAUAUCAAUGAUUACUUCAAAUAUUUGGGCUCAAUUUUAUAUAUACAGAAAUGUUAAAAAUUAUAGUUUUGAUAAGCUCACACAAUUUUGAAAAGGCCACAAAAUUAUAUUUUAUCUUUUCAUAUUAGUGCCUUUCGACAAAGCUAUGCCCUGAGUCCUAAAUCUGAAAAGUGUAUUGCUUUAAUUAAAUGUGUUUUGUGUGGUAAUUAUAAAUUACUAAUCUUUAUUUUGGUUGGUUCAAGUUUAUGCCAGUUCCUUAAUACUUAAAUGUCUUUUUCUAAAAAACAAAAUGAUCAGAAAACCUUGAAAUUUAAGUUGUUUAAUGUAUUUUGAAUGUCUUUGUAGACUUCUUAAAAUUUCCUUGUAGAACCAUUAAUAGAAAAUCAUUGCAUGAAAACAUACCUUACAGCAGCCAAGUAAGUAUAGGGCUUAUAUCACUGUGUUUCUUUAAGCUGAAUGAGAAUGGACUGAAGUGGCAGAAUUCAGGGCAUGCAAAUAACUCUAGUCCAUUUACAUUUUUUGUAUAAGGAGAAGUGAUGAAACAGUAUUUACUUCAAUGUGCCCCUUUCCAUUUUCCUUGCACUGUUAUUUGGUUCCUGGAGUGACACACUGAUUGCCAGUAUAUUGCUGUUAAAUUAUCAAUGCAAGGCAACUUAUUUGAAAGAUUCUUUUUAUUCUGUCAUUGCUUUGAAAAGCACCAGGAAGCAAAACCUUUUACCUAUAUCAGCAUCUGCGGAACAGCUGUCUUAUCUUUGUCCUCCUUUGUUUCCUACUUGAAUCAGAUUCUCUUUUAAUCAGGAAGGCUUCUAGGGAGCAUUCUUGGUAAUCGAACAUUUCUUAAUUAUGUCAAGUAGGUUGAUCAUGGGUGAAUGACAUCUUCAUUUCCCCCUCAGUGUUGAAUUUGUUUGAACCUACAAUUCUCAACUUGGGCAGUGCAACCCUGGGAGAAUAGUGCAUUUUAAUAGUAGUGUAUAUUAAUAUUAUAUGUUAGGUACCUAUGUUUAAAUGAAGGGCUCAAUUUAUAAACAUAUACAUUCAUAUUCUCCCUUGUGCCAAGUUUUAGGAACACAUUAUGAUGUAGAAAAUUUGUAAGAUUGAUGGCAUAUUUUUAUUUUACUAAAGGCAUUUUUGUAGGCAAUCAUCUUUUUUUCUUUGUGUGAUUAAGACUUAGACAAAUAUUUAUUAGUUGAAGUUAUUCUGUAACUUUUUAAUGUAGUUUGAUUUCUAGAGAUUUUGGUUAUCAAUCGCCAACAUUUUUUUGUGAAAAUCUAGUGACAUAAUAUGCAUUUAUUUGAACCUACCUCUUAUAUUUUUUGAACAAAAGAGAAAUGUUGGAGCUGUGUUUGUGAAACAUAUUCUAAAAUAUAGCUUUUAAUACAUUAGUUAUGCCUGAUAAAUGUCUUGGUAUUUUUAUAAUACCCAUGAUAAGCAUGGAACUCUAUCUUCAGGGUUGUUUGUACUUUGGAGUAAUUCAUAAAUGACAAUAUUAAGGUACAUGAUUAGCUUUUUCUUUUUUUACUCAUAAGAAUUAUGGGAUGAAUAACUAAAAUUUUAAGCUACUGAAAAAUAGUCAUUGUUCAUUAUGAAUUUAAAUAGUUUGCUAUUUAACAUUGUAAGGUAUGAAUGUGGUUUAUCUGUGCAUCAUGUAUCUUUUGAAAAAAUGAUCUUGUGUCUUUUGAAAAGAGCCCAGAGUUGAAGAUGUUUAUUUCUGGUAUUAUUGCAUAUGUACUUUGCAUUUCUAUUAAAAAAUAUAUAUGUUUGUUUUAAAAAUGA